AUGGGAAGUUCAGAAAUCAGGACGUGGGCUAGGGUGGGUCUGCGGCCGGCAGAGGGCGCGGGACAGCUCCUCGCUCUGCGGGCCCGGCGGGCUGGGGGCUGCCCCGGGCGCGCCGUCGGAGCUCGCGGGCAACGGGUCGCUGCUGCCCGCCCCGCUGGGAAAGCGGCGGGCGGCUGGGCGGCUGGGAGCGGGCGGGGCGGGGCGGGGCGGGGCGCGAAGGGGGCGGGGCCGCGAGUGGGGGGCGGUGGCGGCGGUGGCAGCCGAGGAGGAGAACAUGGCGGCCGCGGAGAGCGGCUGAAAUGCCUCGCCUCGGCCGCCUGUUCGCCGCUGCUCCCCCGAGCGGAGCCUGCGCCAGGUUCCUUUUGCAUCCCCCCUGCUGGGGGACCCCUGCUCCGGAGGAGGGGGCCGGAGAGCCGCGGCGGCGGCGGCCGCCUGGGCCCCGGGGGCCCGGCGCCGGGCCCGAGGAGCGGCGGAGGCCGCGGCGGCGUCGUCACGGUCGCGGACGAGCGAGGCGCCGGUGAGCGCGGCCCACAGGCGGCGGCGGCAGGUGAGUGGCGGGCGGCGGGCGCGGAGCCUCCCGGUGGGUGCAGCUGUCACGAGCCGCGCGGCCGCCGAGGCCCUAGGGGGCGGGGAGCAGCUGGCACCCCUCCGCCCCCCGCUCUCCUUUCUCCCGCUCCAUCCACCUCCCACUUCUCCGAGUUCCCCUCGCGGCCCGGCGCGGCUGGAGGGGGCGGAGGUCUCAGCUGUCACGGGCACCAGCUGGGGGCUGCUCCCCGCCGAGGGAAAUCGCUGCAGCAGCGACUUCUCUCCGCCUCUUUUCCAGUUGCCCUAGUUAGCGCGGAGAGGGCGAGCAUCCGCGGAGGGGGCGCGAGCUGCGCGGCCGCCCGCCCGGCGUGGGGACCCGGCGCCCGGGGCCGCCGCGGAAAGAGGGAGCCGGAAGUCGGCGCGGGCGCCCCUCGGCCCCGGCGACGCCGUGACCUUGGCCGGCUUGCUCACCUCUCGGAGUCUCGCCGGCCCGGACCGCGAAAUGGGGGCGACCGCGGCGUCCGUUUCGGUCGGCGCAGCCCUCGACGGCGCUGGUGUUUGACCCCGGCGCGCUUGCUCGCCCCUUCUCCCGGGAAGGGGUUUCGGAGAUCUAUCGAUACUAACGGAAAUGUAACUGGAACUGACUCCGAUGAUAAAAUCAAGGACCAUCAAGCAAGAUCAUGCAGUAGGCAACUUUGCUUCCAAAUGAAGUUACCAACAUUUAAAAUUUCUACUUAUUCUAAGGUUCCAUUUACAGCUACAUCAGAGAAUGAAUUAAUCUCCUCAGAAAUCACUAAAUCCUACUCUGAGGGGCUUAGAAAUUAACAGGUUUGUAUAUUUGGCCUUAAAUGAGGUGAGAGUGAAGAGACUAGAGCCACCUCU